GAUUCAGAUGAUUUAGUCAAAGAUCUAGUAACAACGAAGAAGAUGGAUUCCACGGUCAGCCUCCUGCAGAGUAGAGCGCAGAGGAAGAGGACAUCGGCAAAUUUGGACGAGACGCUGAGAUGCCCCAAAAAUGAUUCGUCUUGGUGGAGACCAUGGAUCAUGAAUAUGAGAAACAAAGGAUUGUAUCAAGACGAAGCUAAUAAUGGUGGAUUUGAUUGUCACAAUGCACAUUCAAAACUAGCAUUGGGCUUCCAGCAUCCAGUGAGACUCUGUGUGCCCAAGUCAAAAUCUCAUCAGUACCUCAGUGCCAUGGGUGAGAAGGUUCUUGCAAGUUUUCCCAUACAGGCAACAAUUCACUUCUACAAUGAUGACUCAGAUUCGGAAGAAGAAGAAACUGAAAACAUGGAAGAGGAGCAGGCUCUAGGAUCAACUCAUACGGUGAUGGCUUUGGACAAGAGGACAGAAUUGCAAGUGGAAAAUUUCAAGGAAGGAGAUACCUUGUUUUGGAAACAGAACUCAAAAAGCAAAGAGGAUGGGUCAGUGGCUCACAGGAAGCAUAGUGUCCGCCCUAGCAAAUGACACAAAGGACUGCAGUUAAUUAGACCGAUGAACAUCAGGAAAUGAUAUUCUGUCUUGGGGAAACAUCUUCGUUGGUCCAUGAAAGUAAAGUUUCCACUGGUAGUAUAGCAAUAAUUGCUACUUAUGCCUACUUUUUUGACAUUAAUUGCAACACAGUGAAACAGAGGCAUGUGGAAAGUAAACAAAUUCAUUCAUUUCUUUUAGACAUUAAAUAUGAUGAAAACAAUGAAUGAAAAUAAAAAAUACCCAUAAUGUAAAGAUAUUUUAUUUUUUGAAAUACUAUUGAGGC